CAGCGCCGCUGUAACCCCGCGCACCGGCGGGUCGCCGGCUCCUGCCCCUUUCAAUCUGCGCCGACGCGGCGGCCGGAUCCCGGGGAGUCCCCGCGCCGGGAAUCUCCCGCCAGCUGCGCGCUGCGUCCCGGCGACGGCAGGAGCACGUGGAGCGGCCGGGUAGCCAGAGCGCAGCUCCAACCCAGCCCAGCCCGCCGGCGAGAUGGAAGAUAUAAAACCAAAUGUGGAACUGAAAAGCAGUCAGGAAGAGUCUAUGCCCACAGAAUGUCCAGUGAUUUUGAAUGACUACGACUUAACCAAACCACAUGAAACAGAAAAUGUGGACAGUGCAGAAGGCCCAACCAAUGAAGAUGAAGAUCUAGGAGAUGAUUCAAUGAAAGUGAAAGAUGAAUACAGUGAAAGGGAUGAGAAUAUUUUAAAGCCAGAGCCCAUGGGAAAUGCAGAAGAGCCUGAAAUUCCAUAUAGCUAUUCAAGAGAAUAUAAUGAAUAUGAAAAUGUUAAGCUGGAAAGACAUGUUGUCUCAUAUGACAGUAGCAGGCCAACCAGUGGCAAGAUGAAUUGCGAUGUGUGUGGAUUAUCCUGCAUUAGCUUCAAUGUCUUAAUGGUUCAUAAGCGGAGCCAUACUGGUGAACGCCCAUUCCAGUGUAAUCAGUGUGGGGCAUCUUUUACUCAGAAAGGUAACCUCCUCCGCCACAUUAAACUGCACACAGGGGAAAAACCUUUUAAGUGUCACCUCUGCAACUAUGCAUGCCAGAGAAGAGACGCACUCACAGGUCACCUUAGGACACAUUCUGUUGAGAAACCCUAUAAAUGUGAGUUUUGUGGAAGAAGUUAUAAGCAGAGAAGCUCCCUUGAGGAGCACAAGGAACGCUGUCGUACAUUUCUUCAGAGCACAGACCUCGGUGAGACUGCAAGUGCGGAGGCAAGACACAUCAAAGCAGAGAUGGGAAGUGAAAGAGCUCUCGUUCUGGACAGAUUAGCAAGCAAUGUGGCAAAACGAAAAAGCUCAAUGCCUCAGAAAUUCAUUGGUGAGAAGCGCCAUUGCUUUGAUGUCAACUAUAAUCCCAGCUAUAUGUACGAGAAAGAGAGUGAGAUAAUACAGACCCGGAUAAUGGAUCAAGCCAUCAAUAAUGCCAUCAGCUAUCUUGGUGCGGAAGCCCUGCGCCCCUUGGUCCAGACCCCACCUGCUCCCACAUCAGAGAUGGUUCCAGUUAUCAGCAGCAUGUAUCCCAUAGCCCUCACCCGUGCAGAGAUGCCAAAUGGUAACCCCCAGGACCUGGAAAAGAAGAAUAUCCACUUGCCAGAGAAGAGUCUGCCUUCUGAAAGAGGCCUCUCCCCCAACAAUAGUGGCCAUGACUCCACGGACACUGAUAGCAAUCAUGAAGAACGCCAGAAUCACAUCUACCAGCAAAAUCACAUGGUCCCCCCUCGGGCCCGCAAUGGGAUGCCACUUCUGAAGGAGAUCCCCCGCUCUUAUGAACUCCUCAAGCCCCCACCUAUCUGUCCAAGGGACUCCAUCAAAGUGAUCAACAAAGAAGGGGAGGUGAUGGAUGUGUAUCGGUGUGACCACUGUCGAGUCCUCUUCCUGGAUUACGUGAUGUUUACUAUUCACAUGGGUUGCCACGGCUUUCGUGACCCUUUUGAGUGUAACAUGUGUGGAUAUCGAAGCCAUGAUCGGUAUGAAUUCUCAUCUCACAUAGCCAGAGGAGAGCACAGAGCCAUGCUGAAGUGAACAUCUGGUCCCAGAGAUGAUUUACGCCUGAGUGUUCGACAUCAUUUGUAAAAACCGACACCCCACCUAACGAAUUAUUCUCCAAACUCACUUCCAAACUCAUUCCCAUACUAUUUUUAGUGUCCAAAGGGUCAUGUUCACAUGGGCAACAGGGAAACACUGUCUUCAUUCAGAAAUUGUUUGCAGAUAUAUCAUGCUAUCAUUUUUGUGAGACAUUUGUUUUCUCAUCAGGGACUUGAAGUUUUAUAAUAUUUAAAAGCCAGUGAAGUAUUUGGUCGUUAUCUUUUGCAGCAAUGGAACAAGCAGUCCUUGGAGUUUGUUGCCAGUCAAAAGAGCCCUCCAGUUGUGCUGAAUGAGACAUUCUUCCUGAGAUAUAUCCUCCAUAUGUGGAAAAGCCUUUUGGUCAUAUGUCCCGGGGCCACAAAGAAGAGCUCACCAGCUAACCUCCCUGGGAAGCCACACUCUUCUGCACUUAACACAGACUGAAAGUCUAGGACAUAAUCUCCUCAUCCCAAAUUAGAGUCUAAUAGUAAGGAAAAGAACAGCCAUAAAAUAAGUAUCUGUUACCAGUAACUGAAGACUCCAGUCUCCAAACAGCAGACCCAUUUCUUAUCACAGAAGGGGAAAAAAAAUCAAGCCAUUUUAUGAUCCUUCUGCUUCUACCCUUUACCCUCCCAUAUCAAUUUAAAAGCUGCUUUAGGUUAAACCAAUCAUCUAUAGAAGAAAUUCUGUGCCAGAAGAACUGAUGGUUUUAAACAUAGAGCAUCAUUGAAAUUCCAGGAAGUUGUCAGCUAUGGAUGGUGGCAUCCAUUUCCUGUGAUCAAGAUUGGCAGAACUGGACUCUGAGGGGGAAAUGGUUUAGCAGCACCCCGGAGGUGGGGGCAGCUACUUGAAAGGUUUUGGUCUCCAUGGAGCAUUAGUGUACAGACCCAAAGCAAACUUGCUGAUUUUUUUUUCUUUUUUACAGAAAACCACCAAACAAUCCAAAAAGCGUAACUUAGUCUCCCCCUCCCCACAGGGACAGACAUCAUGAGUGUUGUUUGGGUCAGUGCUGAGCUUUCUGAUGGGGUGAAGAGGGACAUACCUCUGCUGACAGGUUCUCCCUUGAUCAAACUGGGUUUUUCUCCCUAAGUGGAGCUGCUGUAUGCCAGAAAGAUUCCUGAAAGUCAGAUCUUGGUUCUGCAGAUGUAUUGGCCAGCUGUAUCAUUAAAUUAUGCAAUAUGCUAUCAAGGAAAAGUGCAAGGAUAAUUGUAAAAUUAGUACUGCAGUAGGGGUCCCAAAAUCUUUAUGCAUUCCAUAUUGGCUGCUAAUUAGCUGAAAGACUUUGGGCAAAUCACUAAACUCUUAAAACUGAGUUUCUUCAACCAUAAAAUAAGAGUUGGGCUUAGACACUCUCUAAGGUCCCUUCCAGCUUUAAAUUUAUGUGAUUAUGCUAUAACCCUAAUUAUCUUUUAAGCCUUUUAAUGUAUAGGUAUUAAGCAGGAGAAUAUGUAUAUGAAUACCUGUUUCACAUUUCUUUGGUGUGAAAAUGGUAGUGUUAAAUUUUUCCUUUAACCACUGAGUUGUGAAUGUGAAGAGGAUGGUGGGAGGAACAAAAAACAGGAAGGUAUUUUGAUCUUGCCCCAAAGUGUAUAUACACAGAGUGGCACCUGCAGCUGCUUGCCAAAACCUUUUUCCCCCCCUUUUUAAGAACUGGUGUUAGUGAAAAUAAAUUCUGCUUCCAGGGACAACUUCAUGGAACCUAUUUACAAAUUAAGAGUCAAUUUUGUGCACAAUUCUACCAAAGCCAAGAAUAAGAAUCUCCAAUUCCUGGUAGAUUCGCAUUUUAUGUAUCUGCCUUGAUAUUUUGAAAGGGCUUAGGCAUUAGACUCAAACUCAACUAAUUUAUGUGCUGCCAGUAAUUAAAAUGUUCCACCUCACACUGCACAAAUGGCUUAUCCUUCCAUGUAACAUGGUGUCUGUCUCAGGAAAAAAGAUUUUGUGAAAUUCCAUGGUAACAGUCCCAACAUGUUUGAGAUUUUAGCUAAAAGACUAGAUGUAUUUCAGUGCAUAGUCUUCAGCAUGUCACUGUAUUUCCGUAAUCCUAGACUCCAAACUACGCCAGGUUGCUGACACCCAUUGUGGCAAUGGAGCUGCUCAUUAUACUCUUGAAAUGCCACACAUCCUGUUGACUCUUCAGAGGACAAAAGAAAGAGAAUUUGGAAGCAAGUAUUAGUUGGAGAGAAAGCUAGGGAAAGUGAACAUUUCCAACAGAGCUGUGGAAAAGUCUUUCUGAAGAAACCAACUUUUGCACCUUAAGAUAAUGAAAGAGGCCCAUCCCACUAACCUAGGGACUUUUUUUGCAGACAUGACCCUCAUUUUCCCUGUGACUAACAGAUUAUUUCCAUUCUUCAGAGGUCAGUUUUCUAAGUGGGGUGACCACUCACAAAUGCUACUUUCACUGUAGCAUUCUGGGACUAGACCGCAGCACACCAAGUCCAGAGAAAAUUUGUAUGUGCAAAUUCCAUGUUUUUAAAUCCUAAAGUCAAACCAGGUAGUAUGUAGUGGUUGCCACCACACAGGUAAACAUUUCCUUCUAUAGGUACCCCUUAUACCAAUAAAUGCCCUUCGCCCUUGCUGGGGGGUGGGGGGUGGGAAGGAGAGGACAGGGGGAAGGAGAAUCUUAGCAAAAUCCCUUAGAAAGAAGGACAGAGUCAGGAUUCACAUCCGGCCAUGUUGGACAGUGAGGUCCUGCAGCAGCUUCAGGCAGCACAUUUCCUUUCUCAGUCAGAGUCCCUCUGACAUGCACCUCAUAGGUCUGGGCUCUCCAUCAUUUCCCACCACACACCAGGAGGCCACAAUUCAAGGAACAACCAACCCCAGGAGAAGUUCCUUGCAGCCAAGGUGACAGAAUUGGAGUGAGGGAGAAAGGGAAGAGAACUGGCUCUCCAGAUAUUCCUUAUCACCUCACUUGAAUCAUUGCACAGGUAUUUCCUACUGGCAGAGAACUAAACAGAAGUGUCUUCCCCAUUACCCUCCACCACCACCACCAGGGCAAAAAAGAUAUUGAUAAACCCACUAGCUUUUAGGUUCUUUAAGUCAUUCUCCCUAAAAGAUACUUGCCUUGACACAGAUAAGCUAACUAAUCUUAUGCCUUGUUACCCAUUCUGAGCUGUUCCUGACUCAGCUUCUGACUUUGUCAGUGACAACAUUUCUCACCUUUUAAAUGCAGUGCUUAACAUUUUGCUAGGUCCAUACUCACAGUGGCCCAGAUAUAAAAUGACCUCAGAUUUCUUUUGCAAAGAAAAAAAGCACAAAAUUUUGCUUAGUUGAAACACUGUGUUAUGAACAAAUCUCACACCAACAUAAAGUUUUUCCAAGUAGUCUCUGUAUCACUGUUCUUAUUCUCCUCCUCUGCUUUUUCCUCUCUGCUAAAUGUGAGAUUUAGCAUGUUUUAAAGGAAAAAGCGUUACUGCUGAUACAUAUCCAAGCAUAGGCAGUAAGACCGUAAUGGAAAUGUUUUAAAUGCUUAGAGUCCUAACUUUAAAGUGUACCCCACAGAGAAUAGGUUCAUUUAUCUCUAGUGGAGAUUUGGAAACUCCAGGCCACUCAAGAUUUGAAUCCUCAGAAACAGGCAAGCCUUUUCACAAAAACUUGGAAUUGAUAUUAUGAGCUCAAGAAGAGAAAAAGUAGAGUGAGAAAAUUAUGUCCUAGAAAAUACUAUCAGGCUGUGCAAAGGUGAAGAGAUACACAGUGAUAAUCUCUUUAAAGAAUUGGAAGUUAUUUUUAUGCUCAGAGAGUAUAGAUCAGAGAAUCUCUCCCUAUAGAAGAGUUCAGAAAAACAGAAUGGAUUUGGGACUUAAGUGCCUGGCAAGAAGACAAUUUUGGCCAAUCUACUAAAGGCUAGACCUGGGACACCCUAGGAAAAAGAUUCUGUUCUCUAAAGCUGAAGGAUCGAAUGACUCUGUGAAUGAUCAGUGAACCCAGGACUGGGCACUGCUGCCUCUAAGUGUGGACUCAGAAGAGCCUAGAGGAAAAGAGUAGGCUUUAGACUUGCCUAAGCUCAGAACACAAGACUGUAGCUCCAUUCACCCAACCUGUAGAUAGUGUGUACCCCAACAUGCUGUCAACAUGAUAAACAGAUCUUCGCACUUUGAAAAAGUUGAAUGCAAGUUUCCUCUGAAUAUUACAAGACUGGACUGUCAUGUACAUUGAUAUUGAUUGAGUUAUCAUUUGAAAAUGGAAUGUUAAUGUUUGAUUUUUUAAAAUGUAAGGACAUAAUAUCUACCUCCCAAGGAUGUUAUGAGAUUUUAUGUAAUUUUGUCUACGAGAUGAUGUUACUUGCCAGGGAGGGGAGGUGUAUUUUGGAUGGUUACAAAUUUUCCACUAUAUGUAUGGUAUGUGGAUUUAAAGACAUGGAAAUAUUCAAAGGCCGUACUAGGAUCACAGUUCAGUAAUUCAGAAGGCAGUGGAGGCGUCUGAUCUCUAACACACAGUCUCCAUCAUGCUAUUUUAAUGAGUAAGAGUAAAGAAUAUUGCUGACUGUUAGAACCAACACGAGUGAACCUCAUGGUACAGACCCUUCACGGCAUUGCAGCCAGGGAAGUAGAAUGGCUUUGCUCCCUCCUUGUCUCAUCAGCUCUCAAUUAUUAACUCCCCAAGUAACUUAAGAGUUUCCUCAAAUGGUCCUCACUGUCCAUCUCCAUAUCCACCCUACUCUAAAAAGCCCGGAGUGCAGUCCCAUAAUAUCAACCAACCCCCUUCUCCCAAGCCUGUGCCACACAUCUGUGAGGCCUAGCUUCUGAAGCUACUUUGCUCCUUCCUCUCCUAAAAAGACUGAGAACAAACAUUUUAACAUAUUAGGAAAAUGGGGCAGCCUUAAAAAUGAUCCCAUUGCCAGUGACUCAUUUACACAAGGACUUUUCCAGGUUAGCAGACAAAACCCUUUUAGGUGGGCCUGCUUCUGUGGGUUCACAGAAACCAAAUUACUGUGGGUUGCAAAGUAUUAGCAGAUCAUUUGAAAAGCAGACAUCCCUUCACCCAGACUGUGGUUUUGCAUGCUCAGGUUCUCAUCUAUGAGCUUUGGUGAGGGAUCAUUUUGGCUACUGGAAAAACCAUAGCUUAUUUUUAAUUUCUGGUUGCCAAAGCCACCACACGUGUGGUCUGUGGAUGACCCUUGUCUGCAGAAUGACAGGGGAAGAAGGGAACCUGGUUUGGGGGUUCAAAGGGGCUCAGGGUGGCCUUCUCCCCAAGAGGAAGAGAGGGAGACCUUACCGAGUGGUUUUGACACGGCCUGUGCUCAUAGCAUUCUCAUCUGGGUUUCUCAGAAAUGCCCUCCCUGCCCAACAGUGACCUUCCCUCUUAACUCCUCUUGAAUUUUACCCACAGUCCAACCAUUUGGAGUACCGUAAGGUAUCCUACUCCUCUGUAAAGACUCUUUAAAGAAAGUCAGCUUCUGAAAUGUAGCAAUGCUGUAACCCUGCCAGAACCAUAAUGAGUGCGUCGUCACAUUAAAAAAAAAAAGAAGAAAAAAAAAAACUGCUAAUAGUUUUCAAGGUUUCUUUAUCAUGUUUGAUUUUUACACUGAAAAAUAAAAAAAAAAUACUGGUGUGUUUAAAAUUA